ACAGUCCCCCGCUUGGAAAGCUGAAUAGUUGUCAUACAGUACAUAGAGCAGGUUUUCAUAGAGUGUGGAUAAUCACCAUAGACUUGUCUGUCCUGUCAAAGACAUGAACUGUAUCUUUUUAAUAAUCUGGCUGCUGUCUGUGUCUGAGUUUUGGGCUCCAGUCUUUUGUUCUGGGAUUGGCUGUGGGGAACCAGAACCCUUACAGAAUGGAAAUGUGAUAUUAAUAUCUGGAUCUCAGAACCAACAUGGCUCCCUCCUUCAAUAUCACUGCAAUGAGCCCUUCUACAGUCUUCCAAAAGGGGCUAAAGUUAACUAUACAUGCUCAUUAGAUGGAAAGUGGAAAGAUGAACAGAACAAUUCUCUUAUUCCUCAGUGUAUCCCAGUGUGUGGUCGCCCAACAGUUUACCCUACAGGGUUUGGGAGGAUUAUUGGGGGGAAGGAUGCUCCCCUUGGUUCCUUCCCCUGGCAAGUGUUGAUUACUGAUCCUCAUAAAGGAGGAGGGAUAGUGAUUGGGGAUUACUGGAUCAUGACUGCAGCACAUGUCCUACAUGGAAAUACCAGGCAAAGAGUAAAGGUGUAUGUUGGAGUCAAAAAUUUGGAAAACCUCUCUGAGUCUCUUGAGGUUGCCUCAGUCUUUCUUCACCCUAAUUACAACGAUUCUGAAAAAAACUAUGACCAUGAUAUUGCACUGAUCCAUGUCAAGAAUUCAAUCUCAUUCAACACCGAGGUCAUGCCACUCUGUCUACCAACAAAGGACUCUAAAUACACCACUGGGAAAAAUGGCUAUGUUUCCGGAUUUGGCUUAAAGGAAGAAGAUAUGUAUACCAAUAAUCUAAUGUAUGCCCAGGUACCUGUGGUGGACCAGGAAACCUGUAGAAAGGCUAUUGAGAAGGUUGAUAAUACGUCCAAUACUCCAAGACUGACAGACAACAUGUUCUGUGCUGGGAAACCUGAGGGAGGUAUGGAUUCUUGUCAGGGGGACAGUGGAGGGCCAUACAUUCUCAGUGAAGCGGGGCAAUUCUGGGCUGCAGGAAUCGUAAGUUGGGGGUUUGGCUGUGGACAGCCUGGAAAAUACGGGGUGUACACCCGUGUGACUAACUACAUAGACUGGAUCAACAAGACUAUAGAGGAGGAGGAGCAAAGAACAAUUUGUGGACGCCCCAUUGUGUCUGUGGAAACUCAUCAGAGAAUUCUAGGAGGAAAGGUAGCUCCAAAAGAAUCAUUUCCCUGGCAGGUGCAUCUCAGUGUGCAAGGAGGCCAAUCAGGAGGGAUGCUUAUUGACCAUAAGUGGAUCCUAACUGCUGCUCACAGCCUGGUGUAUGGAGAAAACAACCAGAUCGUCCAGAAGUCGGACAUUCUGGCAUAUGUUGGCCACAACAACGUAGAAAACCUGACUCAAUCUACACCGCUUGAAGUGGCCUCUCUCCAUCCUCAUCCAGGGUACAACAACCCAAAGUAUUUAUCCUAUGACAACGACAUUGCUUUGAUUAAGCUCCAAAAGCCGCUUCCAUUUAACAGUUCCAUCAUGCGAGUGUGUCUGCCUGCAAAGGGUGCUGAAUACAUCACUGGGCGAGUUGGCUGGGUUUCGGGGUUCGGCCUUACAGACGAUGAUGAAAUGUCCAAUGACCUCAGAUAUGUCCGGGUUCCAGUGGUGGGGCAGUUGACGUGCAGACACUCUAUUGAUGAGGUGAGGAGGAAGAAGAAAGAAGCCCCUGAUCUGACUGACAACAUGUUCUGUGCUGGGUUACCUGAAGGGGGAAAAGACACCUGUGUAGGCGAUGGUGGGGCCCCGUAUGUCCUGAAGCAUGGGGGGGUUUACUGGGCUGCAGGGAUCGCCAGCUGGGGUUUUGGAUGUGGAGAGCCAGGACAAUAUGGGGUCUACACCCGAGUGGCUAACUAUGUAAAGUGGAUCAAACAAACCAUGACUGAUAAUUCGGGCUAACAGAAGUGUUGUGACUUGAAGUGUCGCUCAUGACCAGGGGUAGGGUAGGUUACUUUUUAAAUGUAAUCCUUUACAGUUACAAGUUACCUGUCUAGAUUUGUAAUCAGCAAUGUAACGUUUUGAUUACUCAAGCUCAGUCAACCAGAACUGUCAAUCUAAUUAUCUCAAAAUGCAUUAGCGCAGCCAACCUUUGUACUGCCUGGAUGCAGACCAUUCUCAAAAAGUAUGAUUUGUUUAUAACACGACAACUUAAAGUGAUAUUUAUUAGAAAUUAAAUGCAUAUUACUGCCAAAUGCAAUAAAAACAAUGCCUAGCA